UCACAGUCCACUCUGAGCAGUAACUAUAGUGUCUGAGCUCUCACCGUGUCCCGCACCAGUGCAGCAUGGAGUACCGAGGUGACCAGAUGCCAAUGAGUCCUCGCACCGUCCAGGUGGCGUCCGGCGCGCUCCCGGUCCGCGACCACCUGCCUUGGUCCAUCUUCAACCUUCUCUACAUGAAUAUCUGCUGCUUGGGCUUCACCGCGAUGGUGUUCUCGGUCAAAUCCAGAGAUCGAAAAGUUGUUGGUGACAUAGAAGGAGCUCAGCAUUAUGGGUCUACAGCACGGUCACUCAACAUUGCAGCUACAUUGCUCAGCAUUAUUGUCUUCAUAAUCUUCAUUGGAUUGGUAGCUACUGGAACAAUUAGCGUGAUGAGAAGCCUGAAAUAGUCCCACACAUUGAAGGUGGGAAGAGAAGUGAUGGUCACAGCAGUUUAUUGGCCAUGGCAGGAGUGGUCUUAUGAUGGAGCUCUUUAAUUUCUUGAUGUAUUGUUCAGCUAUUGCUUUUUUUCUCUGUAAUCUCCAUGGAGGCCCAAUAUACUUAAUCACCUUGCAAUAUUACAGAUUUCUGUUCUAUAAAAUGGGGACAAGAUGUGGCUUGGAUGGUAUUAAUAAAGUCAUUGACAACA